GUGAGCGGUGAUGUUCGGAGCUCGACUCGUACUUACACUAGAUUGAUACAACUUUUCUACCUGUGUAAUCUCCUUGCGACGACAUGGAUAUAUUUCUUCCUAUCAGUUUGACCUAACGGGGUCCUUAUUUCAACACGUAUUAUUUUUGAUAAUAAAUGAUAUUCGGGAUGGCAACGCCGGGAUGGGAGAGAGAAACUUGUGAAGGAUAAGCAGGUGUGUCUAAGUCGGCGGUUGAUAGGUGUUUCACCAUUGUGUCAACAUUCAAAAGGAUUUCACCAACGUGGGUGAAUCUCCGGGUCUUCAGAAAGCUCUCUAUCCGGGACUACCUACAUCUUCAUCAUGGGCCGCAUGUGUAUAUUCAACUCAGGUGGCUGUAGCAACGUCGUGGACGAUGCGGUAUCCACCUACAUCAACAUCAUCGACCUCGCUGUGCAUUAACACGCCCACUACUCAACACUGGUGAAGUUAAACAUGCACAAUGUUGUCAAGAAAACUAACAUCACGUGAGAGAUUGCGCCCCGUGGGAAAGUUUUAACAAUUAGUUGUUCUAGUCAAGCAGACCGGGCCAAUUUGCAGGGAGAUUGCGCUGUGAUAGCGGAUUAUACAAACGCUCUAUACGCCAGUACAGCAUGUAGCGGCCACACUCAGUAGAAAGAGGGAGAUGCGGGCAUCAUAAUCUAAGAAGUCGAAACCGAUUAUUUUCGAAACGGACGGACGCCUAUGUAAGAAGUUUUCAUUUGUUGUGUUCAUAACCAGUGGUCAUCAUGCCGGGCAAUACUGACCCACAGCCCAAUACGAUCCGGGUGAAACUUAUCAAACAGAAACAUGGCGGCCUUGGCUUUCUUGUCAAGCAACGGACUAGUAAACCAUACGUGGUGGUGGCAGACCUCGUGUCAGGUGGUAUAGCCGAGGAGAGCGGAUUGGUUCAGGUGGGUGACGUCAUACUUCGGAUAAAUGAUAUCAACCUGACGGAGAUGAGUUACGAGAGCGCAGUCGAGAUACUGAAAGCCGUGCCGACAGAUGCUCCCGUGGUACUGCUGCUGCGAGGACCUGAAGGAUAUUCCACCCACCUAGAAACCACCUUCCAGGAAAAUGGUAUGCCAAAGACCAUACGUGUCACUAAGCCUGUAGAUAACACCUUUGUUGGCAGAAUUAAGAGGACAUUUGCGACAACCCCUUCCCCGCUUACGUCACCGGUACGGAGCUUUAGAAAAUUGUGUAACGGCGACGAAGCGAGUCCUAAAGUAGGGAGAAAGGGCAGUUCAAAAUCCAGAGUGGAGAAGGAUAAGGGUUGUUCUAUGGAAGAAGGGAGCCUAGAAGAAAUAGAUUCCAAACUUCGCGAUGCAAUAACGCAAACCGCCUCAGACCAGCACGUACCCAACGGUGAGGUUCCUCGCUCUAAGACAACACCAGAUAGGUUUGACGAGACCAUCUUAGAUACAGGAGCCCACGGUUCACCCAAAAUUAUUCUGAGUAGUCCUAAGUUCCAGACAAAUGGACCAGAUAGUGUUGUGAAAAUGAACAAGAUGAAUUCUGAAGGUGCAGUGAGUGAGAUUAAGGUUCGAGCCAUCUCCAGCCCUGCUCGGAAGAGUAUCGAGAUAUUUCAGGACAAUGAUGAGAUCACGGUGGUGGUCAAGGGGGAUGUGAAGAUUCAGAGUGAUAACGACAACGCGCCCGGUAACUGUGUUCACAACAAGACGCCCCAAAAGUCGGAACAGAAGUCUGAUAAGAGAAAGAACAGUCUCACAAGUCCGGAUAAGAAUGGGCACACGUCGGAAGAGGAGGUAGUUAAGAAGCCCGAACGACGAAAGAGUGCAACCAUGACAAGCCCAAACAUGUCCAGAAGGAACGACCGAAGGGCCUCCUCCGCAACUCCGAGUCCCAAGAAGUACACGAAGUUGAAGAAUCUGAUUGAUGACAAAACCACCAUGGACAUUCUCCAUCAGAAACAUAUUGAGCCUGUGCCCUGCACCCCCGAGCGAUGUAUGGGAUCUAUCAUGGCAGAGGCGGGCAAGCGUCCCCCUGGAGUCCCCCGUCCGAGGGAGGAGUUGCUGCAUCACGCCAAGGAUUUCAUUGAUCAGUACUACACGUCGAUCAAAAGGUCCAACACGGCAUCCCACCAGAAGCGGUGGGCGGAAGUUGUCGCCAGUGUUGAGAAGUCAGGAACAUAUGAUCUGACCUUCGCUGAGUUGACCUUCGGUGCCAAGACGGCGUGGAGAAAUGCCCCAAGGUGUAUCGGCAGAAUACAGUGGUCAAAGCUACAGGUGUUUGACGCCCGGCACAUCACCACAGCCAGAGGCAUGUUUGAGGCCCUGUGUAACCACAUCAAAUACGGCACCAACAAAGGAAAUAUCAGAUCUGCUAUCACGAUCUUCCCACACCGUACUGACGGCAAACAUGAUUUCAAGGUAUGGAACUUCCAGCUGAUCCGCUACGCUGGGUACCGUCAGGCCGACGGCAGCUUCAUUGGUGACCCUGCUAACGUGGAAUUCACAGAGGUAUGCGAGAAGCUGGGGUGGAAGGGCAAGGGCAGUAACUUUGAUGUCCUGCCGCUUGUCCUGUCCGCUGGAGGUCACGACCCGGAAGUGUUUGAGAUUCCACCGGAACUUAUUCUUGAAGUUCAGAUGAAACAUCCAAAGUACCCCUGGUUUGCCGAAUUGGGUCUGCGGUGGUACGGUCUCCCCGCCGUGUCGGCCAUCUUGUUUGACUGUGGGGGUCUAGAGUUCACCGCGGCCCCCUUCAAUGGCUGGUAUAUGGGGACAGAGAUCGGGGCGAGAGAUUUUUGUGACGUGUCCCGCUACAACAUCACCGAGCAAGUUGCAGUGAAGAUGGGUUUGGACGUCCGUAAGAGCUCCUCACUGUGGCGUGACCGAGCCCUAGUGGAGGUGAACGUUGCAGUCUUACACAGCUUCCAGUCCUCAGGCGUGACCAUCACUGACCACCACGCGGCGUCCGAGUCGUUCAUCAAACACCUGGAGAACGAACAGCGUCUCCGGGGUGGGUGUCCGGCAGACUGGGUGUGGGUGGUACCACCCAUGAGUGGGAGCAUGACACAAGUGUUCCACCAAGAAAUGCUUCUGUAUAAGCUCAAACCAUCAUAUGAGUAUCAGGAAGACCCCUGGAAAUCCCACAUUUGGAAGAAGGAUCGUGGCGACAAGGCCAAGUCAUUAGACCGACCAAAGCGGAAGUUUGGUUUCAGGGAACUAGCCAGGGCUGUGAAGUUUUCGGCCAAGUUGAUGGGUAAGGCUCUGGCGCGGAGAGUGAAGUGUAUCGUUCUGUACGCCACGGAGACAGGCAAGUCCGAGAGGUUCGCCAGGACUCUCUGUGAGAUCUUCAAACACGGCUUCGAUGCUAAGGUGCUGUGUAUGGAGGAGUACGACAUCAUCGACCUCGAACACGAAGCCCUCGUCCUCAUCGUUACCAGCACCUUCGGCAACGGCGAUCCUCCAGAGAACGGCGAGGCUUUUGCGAAGAGUCUGUUUGAAAUGAAACACCCGGAAGGAAGUAACAACGGGGACCUGAAGUCGUCCAUGUACCGCAUGAGCUCGUCGAGUGACAAAGAUAUCCGCCCCAGUAACGACAACGCCUUGAACGGCGACAACGAUGACGACAACCUCAAGAUGGAGACGGGUCCUCUUGGGAACAUCAGAUUUUCAGUGUUCGGGCUGGGGUCACGGGCCUACCCAAGCUUCUGUGCCUUCGGCCACUAUGUGGACACUGUGCUGAGGGAGCUCGGGGGAGAGAAGAUUUAUGACAUCGGGGAGGGAGACGAGCUGUGUGGACAAGAGGAGUCCUUCCGAAACUGGGCGCAAGGGGUCUUUAAGGCCGCCUGUGAUACCUUCUGCCUCGGCGACGACAUCAACAUGUCGGAGGUCCAGGGGGCGUUGUCCAGUGCGGACAACACGUGGACCCCGGGCAAGUUCCGUAUCACGCCCAUGGACCACGAGAAGGAGCAGGACGUGUGUGAAGCUCUCGCCAAGCUACACAGUAAAGCCGUGAUGCCGUGUAAGGUGAUAGAGAGGACGCAGCUGCAGACUCAAGAGUCGCCCCGACAGACAAUUUUGGUUCGCCUUGAUACACAGGGAGCCAUCGAAAUGUUAUAUCAUCCUGGAGACCACAUCGGAAUCUACCCUGCAAACUCACCAGAACUUGUGGAGGCCAUCUUGGCUCGUUUGCACAAUGCGCCUCCUCCCGACCAAGUCGUGAAGACAGAGGUCCUUCAGGAGAAGGCAACUCCGCUCGGGUCUGUUAAGAACUGGAUGAAGUUCGAGAAGAUGCCACAGUGUUCACUGCGUACGGCGUUCAUGAGGUAUUUGGAUGUAACUACGCCCCCCUCCCAGGCCCUGCUCAAGCUAUUGGCUACUCAAGCAACACGUGACGAGGACAAGGAAAGGCUGGAGCUAUUGUCGAGCGAAUCCCACGCCUACGAGGACUGGAAGUACGACAACAUGCCCACACUGGUGGAGGUGCUGGACGAGUUCCCCUCCCUCAAGGUCCCGCCGUCACUGCUGAUGACGCAGCUCCCCCUCCUUCAGCAGCGUUACUACAGCAUCAGCUCCUCCCCCUACUCCUACCCCGGGGAGGUGCACGCCACCAUCGCCGUCGUCAAAUACAGGACCCAAGGUGGUGCUGGCCCAGUUCACGAGGGCGUGUGUUCCUGUUGGCUCAAUAGGUGUGACACCGGCGAGGUCGUUCCCUGUGUUAUCAGAGCCGCCCCCAACUUCCGGCUCCCCGAGGACAGCACGUUGCCGAUGGUGAUGGUUGGUCCGGGUACCGGCAUCGCACCCUUCCGGAGCUUCUGGCAACAACGUAAGGUGGACCGAGACAUGCACCCGGUCCCCACACACGGCGAGAAGCGGGGCUGGGGAGGCAUGUACAUGUAUUUCGGCUGCCGGAUGUCGACGGAGGAUAACAUCUAUGAGCAGGAGUUGAAGCUCUUGAAGGAGGAAGGGGUCAUGUCCAACUAUUACGUCGCCCUCUCGCGAGAGCCGGGCAAGUCAAAGGUGUACGUGCAAGAUAUACUCCAUACGAACGCCAAGGAUGUUUGUCAUGCUAUGAUGAAAUGUGGCGGACAUUUCUACGUGUGCGGUGACGUAUCGAUGGCUGAUGACGUCACGCGAACCCUGGAGCGGAUCCUCUGUGAGGAAGGGGGAUUAACGCCAGACACUGCCAGAGCCUUCGUCCUCAAACUGAGGGAUGCAAACCGAUUCCACGAAGACAUCUUCGGCGUUAGCAUUCAGAAGAGUUCAGAGGUCACCGACAGGUCACGUGACCCAAGCAAACGUGCGCUGAAGUACAUCAACUCCACUGACAAACCGGCCAAGCCCGACGCUGUGAAGGAAGUGGCCACACCCAUUCCCGCCUCUGACCGGAAGGCUCUUCCAGGUAAGCCGAAGGUCCCCACCAAGAAUAUCUUCAUGAAGCAGAGGAUAGAACCGGAAGGAGGAGUCGACCGACCGGAAGUGCCAACUGAACACUGAAGUCGACACUAAAAAAGUUGUCACUAAAAAAAUAUAAAUUUUCUUUCUCUAAAAUCAUCUCGUAGUUGUAGAAAAUGCGUGUUUUCAUUGCCUACAUUUGAACUACAAUUGUAGUUGUUGCUUAGAGGGGAGAUAACUCUGAAUAUAUGUGAACAACUGCUGUUAUUGUUGCAAUCUUUACAUUAUGAUAAUGUUGGUUCUACCAGAGACGCUAUGUCAUGGGUCACUGCACACGUUGGGGGGUGACCAAGUGUUCCUGUUUUGUCUUGGAGGCCUUGGUGCCAUUGACAUGUUGAUGUUAUUUUAUGUACAUACUGCAUUGUUGAGCCAUAUUUCUACAACUCUUUUCUAUUUUGUGGGACCCCACAGCAAUAUACUGUAGUAGAAAAGCAAGGCAAAUGUGUUUCUUGUUGUGUUUAACAUAAUUUAUAAAUAACACUGUUUGAUGUCAGUUUUUGUUACAUAUCGGUGGCUUUCUAGUAACGAGCAGUGCUCGAAUGGUAGAAUUAUUAGGUAUGGUGUGACGAGAUCUCACCCUUGUCCUCUUUAUGCGAAGGUACGUCAAUCUGACAAAUUUCAGUCAACCUCGGAUGUAAUGAAGUCGGUUAGGAAACUAGUCGUUUAUGAUGAAAUCAGUUGUAAAACCCUAUGUGUUGACAUUAACUUAACUGUUCAGCGGCAUAAAGAAUUUCGGAUGUAAGGAACUGAUUGUGAUGAGAGUCUCUUGGAGUUCGUAUUUCUGACUGCGCGAGUUGUGUCACGUGAUAUAAUGUCAUCUGAUUGGCGAAAACUGUAAGCAUUCGAAAACGUACAUUUUGCUCCAUAAACAUGUUAACAGGGUGGAGUUAAUCGUAGUACCCAAUUAUAAGUCAUUAAUUAUAAGCAAACAUACACCCCAACACUCUGUUUCCCACCUACCGUGAAGUACCACACCUAAAGCAACCCCCCUA